AUGGACUUCAACUUGGAUAGUGGCGAUGUCGCGGAGGUGGAGACGGCCGUGGAGAGCACCCUGGUGCCUUGGAGAGCACCCUCCGAACUUCACGAGACUGCGAACUGGUUUGGAGCCUUCAGCCACUUCGUUCGUUCAGAGGCCGCCUCCUCGCUGAGCUCGGCUCGACGCCUGGAAGACCGGCGCUUGCAGGCCCGAGCAUGGGCGGUGAGCUUUGACGUCUUCGUCUAUGAGCAGCAGCUGGACAACGUCACGGCCACGGUGACGGAUCUGCGCACCGCGGCCGCGGAGGCGCGCUUCGCCGAGUGGCUCCAGCGGGAGCUCAAUGGCCUUGGCAUUGGUGCUGGCUUCUCCCUCUUCCGGUUCCGCGAGCUGGUCGACCCCUAUGAGGUGUCGAUCUCACUCAUCUCCAGCACCACGACCUUCACCACCUCAUCCACCACCACGGUCACCACGUCCAGCUCCACCACUUCGAGCAGCUCCACCAGCAGCUCCACCAGCACCACGCUCUUUCCGCUGCUGUUGGAGUCCGCGGAGUUGACGCAGGGAUACUCCACGCUCCUGCUCACCUUCAACGAGCGGGCGAUGCUCACGAGCUACGCGCGGCGGCUGCAGGCGGGAGAGCAGGUGCUCCCGCCGGCGGAGGUGAACUGUGGCGAGGUCUUCACGGCGGCCACGCUGGCCUUGCUGGGCCUGGAACCGACCUGCCGCUGGGUGGCCGAUGGGCGGAAUCUGGAAGUGAAGCUGGGCACCAGCCCCACCUUGACCUUCAGUGACACGGUGGAGACCAUCGACGGAGCGCUCACCACGAACGCCUUCGUGGUGGUGCGCCCGGUGGCGCCGACCCCCUCGCUCCGCGCGGCCGUCUUCAGCAACGACCCACCAGCGCAGCCCCAAGCGGCCCUGUUGGUGUCGCCCUUGUCGGUGCAGGCGUGUUCGGAGAUCUCGGCCUCGGCGGCGACGUCCGCGGGCGCCGCUGCGCGGCCCUUCGUGAGCCGCUGGGCGCUGGGCGCCGGCACCACGGCGGAGCUGGCCACCGAGCUGCAGGCCAAGGUGAACUCUGGCAGUGAGCUUUCGCUGCAGAUCUCACAGCUGGAGCUCUUCACAGCGGUGGAGGCUGUGAAGCAACGGAUGGGGAACAACUUCUACACCACGCCCAUCCAGCUCGAGCUGGAAGUGUCUCUGACCAACUGGUUGGGUUUGUCGGACCAGGCCACCGCUGUGGUGGCACUGGAGACUGUGGAGGAGCCGAUGCCCUUGGUCACGCCCACCAGUGCUGUGGCCACCAGCAUCCUCAACAGUGAGCCUGUGGCCUUCUCGGUGCAAACCUCCUACGUGGACACUUCCAGCUGCUCCGGCAGCAGCUCCUCGGUUCGCCCCAUCGACGUGGCCUGGGAGUAUCGAGCCACGGGCGGCACCUGGCAGGAUCUCGCCGCGGCGGGGUUGACCGACCUGGAUCGGCGUCCCGGGGCUGUACGCUUCGAUGGCUUCGUGUUCGCCCCGGGCUCCGCGCACGAGUUCCGGGUCACGGCGCAGUACCAGGGCGCGAGCAGCGCUGCUCAGCGGCAAUACGUCUUCAGCCUGACGGUGUUGCCGCCGGCGGCGCCCGUGGUGCGAGUCGUGGGACCGCACACGGUGGCAGGCGCUUGUAGCUUCAGCCUCGAUGCGUCUCAGUCCUACGAUCCCUCCCUGCCGCCCCCGAGCACGUCGGGCUUGGUCUUCGAGUGGUCCUGUGUCACCGCGAGUGGUGCCAGCUGCGGCCUGAAUUCUCCAGACUUGGCCAGUGCACAGCUGCUGGUGGCAGGAGGCCAGCUGAUCGAGGGCCUCUACAACUUCAGCGUCUUGGCCCGCCGCAGCGGUGAGACCGAGGGUGCAGUCUCUGUAUGGCCCAUCGAGAUCGCCAAUGGAGCAUUGCCACCGGUGAGCAUCACUGUGCCCUGGGCCAGUGACGAGGCAGUGUCCACUCAGACUGGUGGACACCUGGGGCCGGCGACGGCCAGCGUGCAGGGCAGCGCAGGCUGCACCGUGCCUGAGACCUGGGCAUGGACGUUUGUGCUGGUGGAAGAGACCAGCCAGUCGCCCAUCCUGGCGUUUCUGAACACAGUGGCCUCCUGGAGCAAUGGCCAACUCACGUUGAGCACCAACGACUUUCCAGGUGGCUUCCUGAUUCCAGGCCGGAGAUAUGCUUAUGCCGUGCUGCAAGCUUCCAGCCAGGAGGAGAUGGCUGCUUUGGAGAGUGGAAACCUGGAAAGCUUGAUACAGGCAGAGGCCCAAGGCGCCAAGACGGUGAAGAGUGACAUGUUCCUUGCAGAUGGCCCGCCCUCGGGUGGCCUGGUCACGGUGUCGCCGGUGGCGGGCUAUGCGGUGACGGACGCCUUCUCCGGCACCACCUUCGCGUGGUACGAUGAGCAGGUGGAGAGCCUUACCUAUGCCUUCUACCUCCUUCCAUUCACUCAGAAUACCACCAUGACUUCUGACGGGAAUGGAGGCAUCCUGUUGGGCGCCACCUUUGAAACGCCCACGGUGGAUUGGACCAACGUCACCAGCCCCUUCUACUGGUCAGCGCUGGGUGGCUCCUUCCUGCAGAAUGUCUCUGACCCGCAGGCGGCGCAGUGGGAUGUCUCCGUCGCAGUGGGCGCCUAUGUCAUGGCCGUCGUGGCGCGAGAUCAUCUAGGAGCGGUCAGUGUCUCCUAUGCUCCGGGGCCCUUGGUAGAAGCGCCUCCUGGCGGUGUGAGCCCGGAUCUGGCGUUGGCCUCGCUGGACACGGCCAUGAGCAGUGGCGACGAGAGCGUGAUCUUGGGGGCUUUGGACUCCCUCUCCUCCGUGGCGAUAGCCAGCAACGACACGGCCGAGCUCGCUGCGGCCACAGAGAAGAAAAUGGAGGCCCUGGACUCCGCAGCGAACGUGGUGGGCGCCUCCUCAGACAGCCUCAGCAAGUUCGGCGAAGUGGCCGCCAACAUGCUGUCCAGCGAGGGCAGCGGCGGCUCCGCCGCCUCGCCGGCGGUGGCCGAGCGGGCGGCGGGCGCGCUGGAUACAGUGCUGACGGCCGCUUUGGAUUCGCAAGGUGUCGACCCAGCCGCCGGGACCUCGCUGCUCAAAGCGACCAGCUCGGUGGGCAACAGCUUUGCCGACGGCGGCAGCGAUUCCAACGUGGCCAAGGGCGCUCGCGUGAGCAAAUUGCGGGUGCUGUUCUCGAAGCUGGGCAGCGCGCUGCUGCAGCAGCUGCCCGCGGGCGCGACCUCACAAAUCUCCACAGUGGAGGGUGGCAAGGGCACAGAGAUCGGGGUGGUCAAGGAGAAUGCGAAUGCGGCCAUUGCAUCUGGGGUGAGUUCGAAGAACUCCCAGGUUCCCGGCUCGGUAUUGGGCCGACGACUGCAAGAGAAUGCGUGUGACUCCGUGGCCGUGCAGAACACCAACUUUGUGGCCAGUAAUCCCUUCAACUAUCUGGACAACAGCUUGGGGAGCAACCAAUUUGUGGCCAGCAGCGCCACGGUCAGCACCCUGGAGAUCAAGAAGUGCAAUGAUUUGUUGGUGCGAUCUGACCUGGAUCCCCCCAUCGUGCUGAAUCUUCAGCUGAAUGCUCAGCCGGAGAAUCCGCCGGAGGGCUACAUCUAUGAGCCCAUGUGCGUAAGGCUGGAUGAGCAGAACACGGCACUGCAGCUUCAGACCUGGACCACGGACGGCGUGAGCCGCCUGCUGCCGGCGACCUACAAUGCCGCUUCGAUGGAGUGCUGGGCGUCGACCGGAGGCGGCAGCUAUGCAGCGGUCUAUGUGCUGGUGCCACUCUACAGUACGGUGACAAGCACCACGGUGACCUCUACGCGUAUGAUGGCGACCACCCUCCCAGUUGCAGCCCCGGCCCCUGCGGCUGAUGGCGGCAUUGUGCUUGGCACAGCGCUCGCAGGGCUGGCCAUGGCCAUCGUGUGCGUGUGCAUCGGGUGGCAGGCCUACGUGGGCAAUGUGAGCCUCAAGCCACAGGUGUCCUGCCAACGUGUCAAGGAUGCUAUGGAGGCACUCAAGAAGAAGCCGGCCAAGGUUGGCUUGGAGCCGGAGCACCCAGAGCCCCGCAAGGACGGCGCAGCCUGGGAGGAGGGGCCCAAGGUACCACCGCAGCCAAAGGUGCCGGAGGUGCGGACGAAGCGUGAUGCGGAAGAGCAUUUUUGGGACUGGGCCAAUGAGCUCGCCAAGUCCACUCUGCAGCAGCACGCAGCGAAGAUUGCCGGACAGCCCUUCAGCCUUGGGCAAACCAAGGCCUCCACGCCCACCAUCCCCCACCGGUACAGCUGGCCGAAGCCCACGGUGGAGAAGGAUGAGUACUUUCAGGCCUUUGCCGAAGAGUUGCGCGAGUCCAUCCGCUCUGGCUUGCCCGGCAUGAUCGCCGAGCUCCCCGAGGGCCAGACGGCGCCGCCGCCCCCGCCUCCCCCGAAGCGCACGUCGCUGCAGACGGCGCCGGGCGGCCUGGCGCUCAUGGCGCCCCAGCCGCCGCCGCCCAAGCGGCCGACGCCGGAGACGGCCUCGGUCAUCUCGCUCCCGCCGCGCAUGGAGAAUGCCGAGCGCAUUGACGUCCGAGUGGACCAGGCCUUCAACGAUUGGGCCCACGACUUUGCCUUGACGCCGGUCACCUUCUCGCCGAGCGCCACGGAGAAGGCGAUUGGGCAGAGUUGGUGGAGUGCGAGCCCUCAGGCCAGUCCGUCAUCACCUCCGCCGCCUCCGGGCUGGGAGGACUUUCAGCUGAGGAAUGCGGCCCUGGUCCCGGCCAAGGGCGGGCACUUGCCACUGCCGCCGGCGCCCCCGACGGUGGCGCGGCCCUUGGCAUUGUCGCCCCCAGCGCUAAAGGCUGGGCAGCUGUCCAUCGGUUUGCCCAAGCAUGUGCCACUGCAGCCGCCGCUUCCCAAAGGUGUGUCCAACCAAAGCACUUCGACCAUGAGAGGUACAUCGCCUCCUCCGAUCAAUUUGCCGGGCACCGUGCCAGGCGAGGAAGGUUCGCCCACCCCGCGGCAACCAAACCCUUAG